ACAUCCAACUUCAAACACGAUCCCGCAGUUGAUCAACCAACAGCUCCCCUAUUAAAACAACCAAUCACCAAAUCACCGGCUAAACGCGCUCCCGCUAAAAUCCAGCAUGGCUUCUGAACUUCAAUCCAUCUACAGCUACGGCGUCGAUCUGAUUAGUAUUCUCCAAUCCUCGUUUCCCGAUGGAGAAAGCUUCUUCAUGGACGUUUCCAAAGUCUUUGAUCCCAAGUACGUCUUCACCGUCUAUUUCCCUAUCAUCUUCGCUCUCCAGUGGGCCAUCGGCGUCAAAUUAUUGGGCACCAUCAUCGUCGUCGAGUGGCUUAAUCAAGUCUUGAAAUGGUUGAUGCACGGUGAUCGUCCUUACUGGUGGGUUCACGAGAUGGAAGUCACUUACAACUCGACGACGCUCCUGCCCGAAAUCUUCCAGUACCGAUCCACUUGCGAGACUGGCCCGGGAAUGCCAUCGGGACAUUCGAUGGCAAUGUCCGCUGCCUGGUACGUCGUCGUCCAGUCAUUCAUCGACCGUGUCGUCAAACCGUCCAAAAUGAGCGCUUCAUUGAAACAACAAUCGACGCAACUUUUAUGGGGCGCAUUCGUCGUCAUCCAGACCCUCAUUGUCAUGUCGAGGAUGUACAUUUCCGCCCACUUUCCCCACCAGUGCGCACUGGGUCUCUUUUUGGGUGUUUCCAUCGCCCAUCAAAUCUACGGCUCGUCAAAGUGGCUGAACCUUAAGCGCAGCCAAUGGCUUCUAGUCGCCUCAAUUAUUUUGGCCAGCGCCGUCGGGACCUACUCGUUCCUGUUGCUGACGGGAAGGAACCCGGCCUGGUCCAUCAGUCAAGCCUACAAGUGGUGUGCCAAACGGGAAUACAUUCACGUUGACACCACUCCAUUCUACAGUCUCACCCGCUACAGCGGAGCCGCUUUCGGUCUUGGACUAGGCUUAACAUCAAAAUUCUUUACCCAGACAGAGAGAACGAGCUUUACCCGAGUCCAAAUAAUUGUCACCAUGAUUUUGGGUCUUGCCCUUGGAUAUGGAGCUGAACUUGCUCACGUCGCUAUCCCGAAAACAAACGAGUCGGUGUUUUACACGCUCGAGUUCCUGUUGAACGUCGCCUUCCCGUACAGCGCAAUCGCAUUGGCACCUUACGCCGUGAUGAGAUCUGGAGUUGGUAAAGCCAAGUGUUUGUAAGGCAGCCGAUUAUUUCCUGACCGAAAGUAAUGGGAUUGAGAUAACAUUCCUGACACACCGCUGACAGUAUUGAUUCGUUUACCCACUUACAUCCAUGUUUGAAUCACCCACUCAUAUUUCUCAAAUUUGUACGCUACCAAGUUUAUCGUUUAUUUGUGUAAAUACUUUGUACCUCAUUCUUUCAAUUGUUGUACUUUCGCAAAGAUUUAGUAGGAUAGUGACUGAGUCUCAAUCCUAGAUUAAAAUUUGUUUUCCCACAUGCGUGUGCCUUGCCAAUAAAAAAAGAUAAUUUGAUUGCCAA